GAUGCAGACGCAGCAACUUGCCUUUUAUAUGUGACCAUCCCGUCCGCAGUGCUUGUCUCUCUGCCAUCGUUGAGGACGCCGGCGCCGUCGUUCUGACUGUCUUCACCGCUCCCAACGUGCUGGCCAUCGCAGGGCGCACUGGCUCUCCCUCCUCUUCGGUUCCCGUCCCCGUCUCACCCAUACGCUCCUUUACUCUCUUUCGCGUUCCUCUACACCCGUCACCAUGGCCCACCACAUUCUCAUGCACCGCGAGCUCGCGGCGCGCUGCGUCCAAUGCCCAAGCGCUCCUCCUAGUUGCCAAUGCACCUCUCAGGAUCAGUGUGUCUUCAUCGCGUUGAGCUGCGAUGCAUGCCCGUCGUACCAGUGCGUAGCGCCGCAGUCGAAUUCGUCUAGCUCGGGAGGAGUGAGCGGAGGUGCCGUUGCCGGUGCUGUUAUUGCCUCUCUCAUCUUCCUCGUAUUGGUCCUGGGCGCCUUCUGGUUCUACCGUCGGCGCCUACGCCAGCGACAGACGGCGGAGGGCGGCGCGGAAGGCAAGUCUGACGCGCCCGCACGCGCCGAGGAUGUGCUCAAUCGCCCGGACCCGAACGAGAAGGGGCCGGAGCCCGAGUUGCCGUCCUUGGUGAGGAUCUACACUGGCACGUCUGUGGGUACCAUCAACCUCGACCCCGCUUCCCAAGGCGGUUCCACAACGCGUGCCCUCGAUGGUCACGACCGCGACUCUGCUCAGGUCAAUCCAUUCAACGACAGCCACUCAAUCCAGACGACUUCCACUGGCACGCGGUCGAACGUCAUCCCGAUUGCUCUGGUCCCGCCCGCAACGUUUGUGCCGCCUUCGCCACAUACCAACGCACAGUCGACAGCAGCGACGGCAGGCUCGACAGUUACAUCGCGACUGGCUCCUCUGCGACCGGACCGCGAUCCCAGCCUCGACAUCGGCGUCAAAGGCAUCGAAGUCUCUCACGACGCAGCCCUGAAGCCGUCGGACGAGCAAUCGCAGCGCACGGGUCUUUCCAACCGUGCGUCGUACUUGUCUACGGGCAGCUACGCGAGCGACCUGCUCACCGAGGCACCUGUCAUCGUGCGGCCGACGCGUGUCGUCGGUGUGGUGAAGGCUGAGGUCAUUCGUACGUCACCCGGAAACUCGCCUUCCAAGGACAGCUUGCGCCCUCCCCAGGCGAGCAACCGCCCGCCCAUGCGUUCUCCGCUGGCAGUGUCCUUCGGUCCCUCAGACGUAUUGCACGAGGCGCCAGAGGACGGCCAUGAAGUCACCGCCUAUGGCAACAACCCCUUCGGAGACGAGCACUCGCCUUACAACUCCGAUAAUGGUCAGGGGUCGCCCGCUCCCUCGCAGACGACGUUCGGCUCGCCUUCCUCGCACUCGCAGGACGACACCCAGGAGCACCGUCCGUUGAGCACGUACACUCAGGCAGCCUCCGUCAUUGGAUCCGUAAUUGGCGCUGAAAUCGGUGGCGCGACUCGCGUGCACCUUGGCCUGGGCCAUCUCCGUCCCAACCCGCUUCCUUCAGCUGGCGAACCAAUGCCGCAUACAGCCUCGAGUGGUGUGCUACACUCGCCGCGCAGUGCGUACAGGAUGACUAGCGCUAAACUCGUCAACACGUCGCCGUCUGCGAGCGCUGGGCCAACUGGCGCCCUGGAGCGCCAGCAGCAGGACGCGAUGCAGCAGAUGGAAGUCCCGAGCUUGAACACGCGGAUAUCGAUGUCCUCCGUAUUGUCGUCUACGUCGACGCGGGCAGACUCGAUUCUAGAGAGCUUCCCCUUCGUGCCACCCUCGCCGAUCUCCAACCGGCCCAUCCGCACGCCGCCCCGUUCCCCUCUUGCGCAGCAGUCGUUCGCAGACAACUCACGGAAUGCGACGCCCUCUCCAGUGCCCGAGCCGCCGAAGUCUCCCCCUCCCCGUGACGCGCCUCCGCGCGAGAGUCUCAGCGUACCACCGACUUCGCUGUCUCCGCCUCCGAGAGUGAAGACGCGUGCAAUGUCUGUUGCGUCGCAGUCAUCGACGAUGACCAACGGGCUUGGGUCGUUCCCCUUCCAGAUCGACUCGGGCACAUCCGAUGCUGCGUCUGCAGGCUCCGCCCCGUCGUCAUUCAUGGGCCGGACACGAGCCAGCCUGGACACGCUCGCGCUGACGAGCGACCUGUCGUCGUACCCGCUCAACUUCGAUAGAAGUGAGCCGCCGCCGGUGCCGCGGCCUUAAGUCGCCAUGCUAAUGCCGUCUCCCCGACGCGUCCCGACCGCGCGAGGUGUAUCUGUAGAAUGUGACCGCGAUAAGUGUACGAACUCUGCGCUCCGAAACCUGCACGCGCCCGACGCUCUUCAGUGUCUAUCGUUGCAAAUGCCCCACACACCCCCUCACCCCUCCCCUCGCUUCACCGACUGCUUGUAUACCCUUGGA